AUGCCAAAAACAUACAAUGCGAUUAUUGCGCAAAGUUAUUACCAUCAAAUGUGUGUGAAAGUAAAAGAGCAGGUAGCGAAAACCAAAACUGAUAACAUCAAUUUUAAGUGGUUUUGUGACCUAUGUUUUCAAGAAGUUAAUUCCAAACUAAAAAAGCCGGCAGAAAAAGCAAUACAGGUAAAUAGUACUAAAAUUUUAGAAAAGGAAAUUGAACUAUUAAAAAAAAUAUCAAAUGAAAAAGAACAAAAAUAUAAUUUAGUUUUGGAAAAUAAUUCACUGUUAAAACAAAACAUUGACCUUCUCCAAGAUAACAUAAAGCAACUAAAACAAAAAAAGGAACACAACAAAAAAUUCGAAAUCGAAACAACAAAGAGGUCAAAAUCAGAUCAAAUUCAAUCAGCUGUUAACACCUCACGGCAGGUACCCGCAACGUUGCCAACUCACCCAGGAUUUCAGGAGAAAUCUUCUACAGCAUUGUCAAGUCCAUCAAAAAAUACUAAAAGCCCCGUAACGGUACAAUGA